AUGUCCAGUUCAGUUCGCAAAGCAUAUCCAGUUCGCAAAGCAUAUCAAUAUGACACGGCUUGGGAUCUGGUGUCAAAAAGGGAAGACUCCCUUAACGAGGGAAAAAGACUUUCAGAUAAGAAAUUUGGUCGGCUGAAAAGAUUUCAUGAGACAACUAUAGAUUCGAAGCCAGCUAGGAAAUUACGGCUUUUCCUUGAAGAAUUGCCGAUGCCCUAUAAGCUACUAUGUGCGAUUGUCUUCGCUCAAGACAGCAUAUAUAAAACGCCUGAUUCAGUACUACAGGCUCUAAUCACAAAGACAAACGCCCGACCAUCCAAAUUACGUCAUACAGGUCUCCAAAUCCUCUGUUAUUCGCAAAUAACCAUGAAGCAUGGCCGAGACUCUUCCGAAACUUGGGAGCAGAUUGUCUCUCCCACCUAUCCCAAAGUAAAGGAUGUGGAAAGCGUGUUUUGUCCUGAGAUGGCCAAAAAAAUCAAAACAUGCCAGGUGAAAGGAGUUGAAUGCAAAAAACUAGUGCUGCGAUUUCCCAAAUCUACCAACCACCUAGAGACGGCCAAGGCCUUUCCUGCUUUUGUAGAUCUGGAAAUUUGCGAAAAGUACAUGGGAGAGCUUGUAAUGAGGCUCUUUGGUGUGGAUGUCAAUCGGAUAUCAGACACGGAGCUAGGCUUUCAGAUGCGACAUGAAAGCGGGAUAAUGCAAAAUACAUCUUGCUUAAGUCUGGUAGAGGCUCUACGUGGUAGAACCCUCGAGGUCUUUGGGAAAGAAAUACACUCAGCUAUCGCAGAAUGUGAGAAUUACAAAGACGAGGCUAAAAAUAAAAUAAACACAACGACAUGUGUGAGAGCGUUCUGGGUGGAAGGUGAAGCACGGAUAAGACUGGAGAUGGAGGCCAUAGCUGGCGUUGCCAUAUCAAACAAGCUUCUUUGGAGUAAACAAUAA